UGGAUGAAGAAAGGUUGGUGCGUGGUGUGGAGGGGUUCCAGAGGAAGGCUCUGGGUGCUUGCUGGCGCUGUGGGAUCAACCAAACUAUUUCUGGAGCUGAAAAGUUGUGGCAUUCAGUUAUGGGUCACUUAUGAAGGAGUGAUGGCUUCAGAUGACUUUCUGCCCCAUUUUAUAGCCAAUGAAGAUAAUAAAUGUAAACUGUGCACAGAAAGUGGAAGCCCAAGUGAUUCUCCUAGCAGGCUUUCCGGAGGCACCCAAAGCAACAGUAAUAAUAAAGUUAAUAACAGUAAACCUUCCAGUCAGUGUGGCCACUUUCAGCUUGAUUAUUCCAAUGACUUUCAUGCUAACAUUUCAAGGAGGGCUGGCAGCAGCAGCAGUUGUUCAGAACAGAUCAGCUGUGGAAGAUCUCAGAAUUACUAUGAUGAUGAUUUCCAGACUUACUCUUCUGAAACUUCUAGGAGAAGUUGCAGCAGAAGCAGCUGCAGUAGUACUUUAGAACAACCAGACACCAAAAAAGAGGAAUUACCAAAGAAGAAAAGUGGAAAGGAUCACCCAGCCAAAGGGGGGAAGACAUUACCUAAAAGGAAAAAGCAGCAAAAGAUUAAUUGUGAUACCAGCAAUGUUAUAAAUUCCCAGAAGAAUAAUGUGGCCCGUCGCUUAUUGUCAGCCAGUCUUCACAACAUUAAAGAGCUAAAGAAUGAAGUGUCUGUUUUGAACAAUAAAUUGGAGGCAGCUAAUAUGGAAAACCAGAUCUUGAAGAAGCUGCAGCUUCGGCAUUUGAAAGCAAUAAGUAAAUACGAAAAUGCAGAGAUUAACCUGCCUGAUCUUAUAGCAAAACACUGUGGGGAAGUGGAAACGCUAAGGGCACUGCUCAGGAAAUCACAGGAGCAGGAGUGGAAUGCAUCUAGGAAGCUUAGAGAAGUGGAAGCACAACUGUUAAAGACAAAAGAUAACUUGCAGGCAUUGCAGAAACUUUCUGAAGACAAGCAUCUUACUGAAAGAGAAGAACUUAAACACAAAGUAACAGCCCUUACAGAAAGGAUGGUUGCUAAUGAUAAGAAAAUUCAGGACCUGGAAAAGCAACUGGCAUUGAACAAUACAUCAUUUAUUCAUCAGUUAGCAGUUGAGAAGAAAAAGACACUUGAUGCUCAGGCAGUUACUACAAAUUUGAAAAUGGAAAUCAAGUUGCUUAAUCAAAAAAUUAAGGAAAAAGAAAGAGAGAUUGCAAUAAGAAAUAUUUAUGCAAACCGGAUGCUUAAAGACCAGCAGAAGAAAGGUGAUUCAGAGUCUGUCCCAGAAGAAGUUAAUGUCAGCAUAUCGGUACAAGUAGAUAUGAAUCUGGAAAGCUUGCCUUUCCAAAAGCAUGAGAGAAAGCAAAGUGCAGUUCUUUCAAAAGAGGCACCAACAACAAAGGAUGUAUGUGCAAAAGAUAAAAUGAAUGAUGUAAAUAAAGAGAUGGAACCAAAACCAGAGGCUCAUCAAACAGAAAAAUUACCAGUGCAGGAAGUUUCAGAUAGAACAUGCUCAGAGUUACUAGAAGACAUAUCUCUAAGCAACAAAAAAUAUUUUAAAUGUGAAAACAUAGAAAGACAGAAGAACCGAAGAGACAGGCAAGGAUUAGACUUAUUGAAAGAAGAGUUUGAGAAAUUAUGUACGGAAGAAUCACUCCAGUCUACACAUGAUAGUGAGCAAAAGGAGAACAAUCUGGGAGAAGCUGUAACUGAAAAUCAAGAAAAUGAAAACAAGAGAGACGAGCCAAAAGAAGUAGUAAGUGAUAAAUUGGCAACAGUAAUACAAAGACACAAAACACCAUCUAAAUUAAAGAAACAAUACAUAUUUACAGAAGCUGUUGAAAAUUUGCAUCAGGGAUUCCCUUCAACAAGACGGUUGUCCAAUACAAGUACCACAGGUAAUAGCAGGCAGGCUAAUACACACCCAAGUGAUAUAACUGAGUUUAAGGGAAGUGGCUCUACCAGUUCCUAUGAGCCAUCAUUUGGAAAUACUACCAACACAAAGCAGGGCAUUUCAGUACACAGUGAAGACCGGAUUCCUACAGUAUCAGCGAAGAAGAAAAACACUCUUAUGCAAGAACUCUUUGGAACUAGCUCCAUCUUGCAAGACAAUAAUCUGAAACCUAAUUUUGAAGAUGUGGGUAAGGGAAAAAAGUCUUUUUCACAGAAUGAAAAGUUUUAUGAGGACAUUUCAUACAUGCAUGAUAGCUUUCAGUGUGGUGAUUCCAAACAAACACCCAUAAAGGGUUUUGAUACAGUUUCCUUCUUGGAAAACCUUAAAUAAUUUCAUGAUAACAAAAUUAUGAAUCUGUCAUUUAAGAUUUUACAGGUUUUCAUCUUAAAACAUAGUACUUUAAAACUACUGAAAAGCAAUGUAAUUUAAUACAGUAGCUUCUGAGGAUUGUUUUUCCUGUUGAAUAUAAUUUAAAUUACCUCCAUGCAGUCCUCUGCACAUAACAGAAAUUGAUUUCUUCACAAAAAACAAACAUGUGAGAUAUGCUAGUUUAUACCUGACGAUGAAACAUGCUUAAAUAUAGUGAAUGUUUAAUAAUCUAAAAUGAAGAUCACUGAUAGCUGUGCUAACAGAGAAGGUAUAAAAAUCGACCAGUUAAGAAAAGCACUGAAAGAAUUAUAUGAAUAGGGAUUGGUGCAAAAAUUUAUUUUGAAAUAGUAGUAGUAAAUGACUAUUUUCAGUUGUAGGUUCUACAAUUUAUGCUGACUCCAUGCUAGAAUCCACUCUUAAAUGAAUAAAGCAGUUAAAAUUCAUAUCUAGCUACUAAGGUCAGGAAAGUGAUUCAUAAUGACUGUGAGUGGAAUUUUGAUACAGUAUUUUGAUAACAACAAAUCCAUGUAAGAUUUAUGCAAUCUAAUAUGGACAUAUUUCAAGACUGCCAAAAUGACUCUUUACCACAGUCCUAUAGAAGAAAGUAUGGGUGAAAAAGGGUGAUUGCCAGAAAAGCAGUAAUCUCUUUUAUUAACACCGGCAAUUUCACCUGUACUUGCAUCCUAGACUGAGGAGAAGAAAAGAGCUGAAAUAGUAUUUUUUUUCCUUCUAAUCAAACAUUCUUUAUCAUAUAAUUAACUAUUGUACUACCCACAGCUUUGUUUUCUUUAUUGUCCAACACAGAACAAUGUAAAGUACAAGUUAGUAUGUAUUUGUCAGCAUGUACCAAACUUCACAAUUGAGCACUAUUUUGUUCCUAAUAAAUAAGGAAUUU